AAUGAUAAAUUUUUGGAAAAUUUAAUUGAUGAAAAAAAGUAGUUUAAUAAAAUAAAAUUCUGGAUAGAUUCAAAGAGAAAAAUAAUAUGAAAUUUUUAUGGUGUGGGAAGAUUUAAAAACAAUAGAGAGAAGAAAAGAAAAUAUUGUCAUUAAUUAAAGAACUAAAAAUUUAAGCAAAGUUAGAUGA